AUGGCGCCCGCUCGAGUUGUGGAGUUGGAGGUGGAGGACCACGCCCGCGACGCCGCCUUCAACAAGGCCAUGCACGGGAAGGCCGCCACGAAGAGGGCUGGCUUGGGCUCGCUGUUGAACAAGGAUACCGGCGCGCAGAAGGCCGCAGUGGACGAGUACUUCAAGCAUUUCGACGACAUGGCCGCCGCUGAGGAGACAGAGGAGUCGCGCGCUUCACGCCGAAAUGAGUAUGCGACGUUGACGAAACACUACUACAACCUCGCCACCGAUUUCUACGAGUACGGUUGGGGUGCCUCCUUCCAUUUCUGCCGCUUCGCCUACGGCGAAUCCUUCCACCAAGCCAUUGCCCGCCACGAACACUACCUCGCCCACGUUAUGGGCCUGCGAGACGGUAUGCGAGUCCUCGACGUCGGCUGCGGCGUUGGCGGACCGGCACGGCAGAUCGCCAAGUUCUCCGGCGCCAACAUCGUCGGGCUGAACAACAACGACUACCAAAUCGACCGCGCCACGCACUACGCCGCCAAGGAAGGGCUGUCUGACAAGCUGAAGUUCGUCAAGGGCGACUUCAUGCAGAUGUCGUUCCCCGACAACAGCUUCGACGCCGUCUACGCCAUCGAAGCGACCGUGCACGCGCCGGCCCUCGUCGGUGUCUACUCGGAGAUCUUCCGUGUCCUCAAGCCUGGCGGCGUCUUCGGCGUCUACGAAUGGGUGAUGACCGACAACUACAACCCGAAGGAUGCGCGCCACCGCCAGAUCCGGCUGGACAUCGAGAUCGGCGACGGCAUCUCGAACAUGGAGCCGGUCGAUGUCGCCAUUAAAGCGAUCAAGGACGCGGGCUUCGAACUCGAGGUCAACGAGGACAUGGCCGACCGACCGGACGCGAUCCCGUGGUACUGGCCGUUGUCCGGCGACUUCAAGUACCUGGGCAGCAUGUUCGAUUUCCUGACCAUUUUCCGCAUGACGAAGUUGGGGCGGGGCAUCGUGCACAAUGCGGUGGGUGUGUUGGAGACGAUAGGGCUCGCACCCAAAGGAUCGCAGAAGACGGCGGAUACGUUAGCGAUCGGCGGGGAUGCGUUGGUGCAGGGGGGGAAGGAGAAGCUGUUCACACCAAUGUAUUUGAUGGUGGCGAGGAAGCCGGCGGCAUGA